UGAAUGUUUUUUUCAUUGUUCCCUUAAUUCCUUUCGUUCCCUUAAUAACUUUAAGUCAUCUCAAAACGGUUGAUUUUACCUAUAUUAUUAUGUUUGUUGAUUUUCUACCUUUCAUAUUGGAUUUUGUUUUUGAAAGAUGAUUAAUUUUUUCUUUUAGAAUAAUGCCCAAAAAUUCGCUUACUAAAAAGCUUGAACGAAACUCAUCAGCUAGAAAAAAUGUGGCAGCUGUUGGUGUGGGAAUGAAAAAUACAGUUAAAAAUUGUAUGGUUGAAACAAAUAAUAAGCCAGCUUUACAACAUAAAUUAAUCCAUUUACACCUUCCAUUUCAACAACAUUCUAAACUUCAUGUUCGAUCAGGAAUCUCAGCAAGAGAAGCAAUCUCAGCAAUACUUAAAAAAAGAAACAUUAUUCCUGCGAUGUGCUCAGUUCAUAGUGAUUCUGACCCUAAAAGUGAACAAAUUGAUUUACAACUAGAUUUGGAUGAAUUGGCACGUAGACUUACUAGGAAUGAAUUAUGGGUUCAUAGCGAGUGUAUGCAGCUAUUUAAAAGCAUUGAUCAUGUAUUUGUGCCGAAAACAUUCCUUUCCUUGACUUAUUGUGGUGUCUGUCGCCGGAUUAUACUUUUUCAAGGCUAUCGCUGUGAAAAAUGCCAGUUUAAUUUUCAUAAGCGUUGUUGGGGGCAAGUUCCAGCUUUGUGCGAGCCAGAAAAUAUUUCUUGUGAUUUGGAAAGCCAAUUAAGAAUUGUUUGUGAGAAAUACAGCGGUCCACAUGCACAAAUUGCAACUGAACUUCUUGACAGUUUGUUGCCAGGGUCUUCUGGUUCCAUUCCUGCCCAUCAUGCUUCUACUUCUUCGCAAGGCCGCCUUGAUGACAUUGUAAAUCGUGGUUUGGGUGUUCGGCGAAAGGAAUCAUCUUUGGCUAUUGUACGAAAUCUUCAUAAAACCCGCGACAGAUCUUCAUCUGCUCCAAAUAUCAAUAUUGUUAGAGAUGAACUAAGUUUUGAACAAAUGAGAACACUUCAAGCCAGUUCAAUGCAUUCUGGAUUGUAUAAUUUUAUUAAUUCGCCCAAGCGAUGUGCUGACUCUCAACCUCGUUCUCACACCCCUUCACUAACUCGUGUUAUUAAUGGUAUCCGAACUGAACUUGACAAUGACGAAGAACAUAUCAAUAGUGCAGAUGCCUGUUGCAGUGGAAGCAGCAUUACAACAGCAACUAGCGGUAUCGGUGAAAGUAUUGUUGGAAACAGUCAAAGUGGUACAAUAACAGCUGGUGGAGCUGUUUGUAGCUGUUCUUCAACGUCCUCUUCUUCACUCUUCCCGCCGCUUCUAAAUACACCAACUGGCUUGGCUCCCCCACUUGUGAGUGGCCAGUCUUCCCGUCAUUUACUCCCUCACUCAUUUCAGCAACGUUUCAAUCAGGUAUCAUCUUCUGCCUCUGCAUCUCCAACUUCAACUUGUUCGAGCCCUCUUGUCUCGAACUGUCAGAACUCUCAACAACAUUUACUUAUUGAAGGGCAACAACCAAGUACAGCUAUUUGUGGAAAUUUUCUGCCUGCUCCGGUCACAUUAACACCUCCACAAUCAGCGCCGCCUCAAAAAACUUCACAUGCCUUUUUUAUGGAUCAAAUGAGGAUUCGAAGCAAAAGUCCAAGUGAUCGUGCGAAUUUUGCAGCUGUUUCUCCAUCAACUGCUGGAAGUGUUUGUUCACUUGCAGGAAAAGAAUUGACUAGCACUACAUCUCCAGGUUCUGGUAUUGUUGGUAUUCCACGUCGUGGUUGUGAGCGUUACAACAAGAAAAGAGGUGGAACUAUUGAAGAUUGGGCAAUUCGAAGUGAAAAUGUUAUUAUGAAGGAGAAGAUAGGAAAUGGAUCUUUUGGGACUGUUUAUAAGGCUGAUUAUUUUGGUUUGAUUAUUUUUGUAUUUUUGAUGAUUUUUUACAUUUUAGGUACUGUUGCAGUAAAGAAAUUAAAUAUUACCAAUCCGGGCCCUGAAUUGUCAUUGGCGUUCAAAAAUGAGGUAACAGUUUUGAGAAAGGCGCGUCAUGGAAAUGUUCUUAAUUUUUUGGGAGUGAUUAAGGAACCAGAAUUGGCGAUAGUCACCCAAUGGUGCUCGGGCUCUUCUUUAUAUCGUCAUUUACAUGUUUUGGAACCUAAAGUGGACUUUGAAUUACAAACAAUUUUGGAUAUUUGUAAACAAAUAAGUCAAGGAAUGAAUUAUUUACAUAGUAGAGGAGUUAUUCAUCGUGAUCUAAAAACAAACAAUAUUUUCCUUGCUGAGGGAACUUCUGUCAAAAUUGGGGAUUUUGGAUUGGCCACUGUUAAGACACGUACAAAUGCCUUGCCCAAUGGUGCGCCUAAUCCAAACCCGACUGGCUCUAUUCUUUGGAUGGCGCCUGAAGUCAUUCGAAUGCAAUGUGAAAACCCUUACAGCACACAGUCUGACGUUUACGCUUUUGGAAUAUGUCUUUAUGAACUUUUGACUUCAAAAUUGCCCUAUGACGAUAUUAAAGACCGUGACCAAAUAUUGUUCAUGGUGGGUAGUGGACUACUUCGACCUAAUAUUAAAAAUUUGCGAAGUGAUACACCCAGACAACUUCGAAAUGUUUUUGAACAGUGUAUUAGAUUUAAACAUUCUGAACGGCCUGAAUUUAGAAUGAUUUAUUCAAUUCUUGACGAACUUCGACUUCCUAAAUUAAAGAAAUCUACUAGCGAACCGAAUUUAACUUUAAGAAAUCACAGUGCAUCAUCAUCACAUAAAUCAAGUCCACAUCAUCACCAACAACAUCAAAGACUGUAAUUUAAUUUUAAAGAAUAUUUUUCUUUAAAUUACAAAAAUCUUUGUGUAUUUUUGUUCUAAAAAUUUUUUUGCUGUGCAAACUUUGGGCUUUUCUUUAUAUUUAAUUUAAAAAAAUUGUUUUUGGAUUUUCUACGAGAAAUUAUUUUUUUGUAAAUUUUGUGAGGAGCUCAAAGCUUUUUUUAUUUGACUCGUCAAAAUUCCUUAAAAUGCGCAAUUCCUUAUUUUAUUUUUCUUUUAAUUAUGUGUCUAUCAUUUUUAAUAUUUUACUAAUCAGGCAUCAAAAAUAUUCUUUAAUAAUACAUAUAUCAAUUAUUAUUGUGCGAGACAAUUUUUUUAUGUUCGU